UAUGUAAAAUACAUCUCCAUAUGCUUUUUAGAAGUUCUUUUGUAAAAGAAAACAAAAAAAAAAUUCCAGUAUAUAUACAAUCAGCUCCCGUGGGAUUUUGUGCAAUGGAGGGUAUAAACGCUCGUAAACUAUCGGGUCAUUAUCUUGUGUCUACGUUGAUAAGACCGAAUUUAAGGUUGGGGAACGUAGAAAAGUGACGGGUUUAAAGAGUCCUGAUCUCAACUCCAUCCAUUGCCUCACAGUUUCCAAUGUCUGCUGAUCGCCAAGCUCAAGAGGAAGAAGCUCUUGUUCUGGAGUCUAUUUAUGACCAAGACUUUAAAAUUAAUGAAGCCGCACCGGACACCUACCAUUUCACGCUACGUUUAGACGAAGAGGCGAGUGAUAACUUGCGAUCGCCGAGAUUGGUGGUCAUUGACUUUCACAUUCCAGAAGCCUACCCUAGCUCCACCAUGCCAGUCUACGAGAUCACGUCAGUCUACUGUGGAACGCAAAAGAUUGAUGCUAGCGUUCGAGAAGAAAUUGAUACUAACUUCAAGACCAUGUUUGUGCCUGGCGAGGUCGUCUUGUUUGAAUGGAUCAAUUGGCUCAAGGAAUACCUCGAUGCCACGUAUCCCGAGGAGGAGCAGCAGCAGCAGGAAGUACAGCAACCGGAGGAUAUGGAAACGACAAACGAUGUAGACGAUUCUACCACUUCCAAGAUCGAUUCUUCCUUGGACGACGAGUGCCCGGAAAUCAAAAGUGGUGAAUCGCUCAUUGACCGCAAAUCGGUUUUUGUAGGCCACGUGGCAACAGUUAACAGUGUGGAGCAGGUUCAAGCGGUUCGAAGGAAGCUUUUACAGAACAAGAAGAUUGCCAAAGCUACCCAUAAUAUCCUUGCCUAUCGUAUUGAGCUGGACUCUGGCGUCAUUGCUCAGGAUCACGAUGAAGACGGUGAAACGGCUGCUGGAGGCCGAUUGUUACAUCUUUUGCAAAUUUUGGAUGUUACUAAUGUGGUGGUCAUCGUAUCAAGGUGGUACGGAGGUAUCCACUUACAUGCUGACCGGUUCAAGGACAUCAACAACUCGGCAAGGCAGGUACUAGAAACCUAUGGCUAUAUAGACGAUACUAAGGGCAAGAAAAAAUAAACAUUAUACCGAGCGUUUUUGUGUGUGUUUUGAUUCCAUACCCAAAUUUGGGGAUAAAACAAAAAUCCAAGUUU